GGAUUUACUCGAGGAGUACGGCGAUGCCGUAGGAUUCCUGGGCAAACUGGAUCGGAAGGGUAUUGCUAUGAGUAAGAAAGAGACAGAGCGGCUCCGUCUGCUGUACAAGCCGGCUCGCGCCCCCAAGAUGGAUGAUCUGCCACCCGUGGACUCUCAUGACGAAGAUGACAGUGCUUGGAGCUCUGGAAUCAGCGACGCUGGUGGAAACGAGCACUUGUCCGACGCCGACUCGGAAGCCGCUUCCUCUUCCAGUAGUCCCCGCAAACACAAGGCACACGGCACCUCGGACGAUGAAAUGCCUUACGAAGCAUUACCACGCAAGCGGCGGCCAUCAUGGGAGCCUGAGUCAAAAAAGGAUGAGGGGAUUUCGCGUCUGCCCAUUAAGCUCGCAGACGGUCGGAUACAGCAAAGCGAAAGCAAGGUCUUCUUGUCCAAGAAUGAAGAGAGUGAUAGCAGCGACGAGGAUGACGACGCCGAAGAUGUGUCGGCACAUCAGCCAACCCACAAAGUCGAGGAUGUCUCUACUGGCGCGCGCUUUGGACGACCAGCGGUAGUCGAUGUUAUUGGAAACAAGUCACGCAAGGCGCGAAUACAAGGCGCGAAGGAGCAGAUUGCCGGAAUAUGCCAGGAAAUUGUGUCCGAUCCGGAGAACAGCCUCGGACUGCUCAGACGAUUACACACGUUCUCCCUACCCGCGAUAUCGACGCCCACGCACCCGGAGCCUGUCCCAAAUGAUGUGCUCAUCCGACAAUUGUGUAUGCUCUCGCAGCUGGCUGUCUUUAAGGACAUCAUACCCGGCUACCGCAUCCGUGCAUUGACCGAAAAAGAGAAGACUGAAAAGGUAAGCCAGAUGGUCCAGCGGACGCGCGAAUGGGAGCAAGGCCUCGUUAGCGUCUACCAGAGCUACCUCCGCGUGCUCGAAGCGGAAGUCAAAGCAAAGAGCGAACUGCUCGAUACAGCUCUGCAGUCCAUGUGCUCGCUGCUUGUGGAAGCAACGCAUUUCAAUUUCCGUGUCAAUUUGAUGGGCACGAUCGUUGCCUACUUGAGCAAGCGAUCCUGGGACAAAACGUCCGAUCUAUGCCUCAAUGCCCUCAUUAAGGUGUUCCGCGCUGACAACACGGGAGAAGCGUCGCUCGAAGUAGUCCGCCUUCUCAACCGGAUGGUUAAGGAGCGCACGUUUCACGUCCACCCGGAGGUGCUGUCGUGUCUGCUACAUCUUCGAUUGAAAACGGAGCUUGGUGUCCGUGCGUCCGACCACAAGGCGGAUAAGGAGAAGAGCGACAGGCCACAUGGCAAGGCCCGCGGCAAAAGCAAGAAACCCGAUCAGCCCCAUCUGAGCAAGAACGCGAAGAAGGCGCUGAAGGAGCGGAAGGAAAUCGCGAAGGAGAUGCGCGAAGCUGAAGCUGAAGUCGACAAGGAAGAGCGGGCCGCGACGCAAACGGAGACGUUGAAGCUCCUCUUCGUCCUCUAUUUCCGAAUUCUGAAAACCCCCAAGCCAACUCUUCUAUUACCGGCUGCGUUGCAGGGCAUAUCGAAAUUCUCUCACCUGGUGAACAUUGACUUCUUCAAGGAUCUGAUGCAGGUCCUCAAAGACAUAAUGUUCCUGGAUCCCGUCAGCAAAGAAGGUUCAAGCCACAUGGUGCACGACGCCUCUGACACCGCUGUGGCCCAACACCAGUUGCUAUGCAUCGUCACCGCCUUCGAGCUCCUCUCAGGGCAAGGAGAGGCUCUUGACAUUGAUCUGACGGAUUUCAUCAACGGGCUCUACGCCAUCCUGCCCGCACUGUGCCUUGCGCCUGACGUUGAGGCGUCGCCCGCGGCGUCGUUCAAGUCGGAGGUCCGCGUCGCGCGGCCACAGUCGACCGCGGACAUGCUCUUCCGCGCGCUGGACCUCGUGUUCUCCCCGCGCGCGUCGGCGUCCGCUGCGCCCCCGUGGCGUGCAGCCGCGUUUGCAAAGCGCCUGCUCGGCGCGGCGCUGAACUGGCCGCCAGCGACGGCGUCCCGCGCUGUGGAGUUCGUCGCUGCACUCGUCGAGCGCGACCCCAAGCUCGAGGCGCUUUUAUCGACCGAAGACCGCGCAGGCAACGGCGUCUACCGACCAGACCUCGACGACCCCCAGCUUAGCAACCCCUUCGGGACGACCUUCUGGGAGCUGCAUCUCCUGGCCAACGACCACUGGGAUUCGAAGGUGCGGGCGCAGGCCCGGAAACUACUGCAGCAGCAGUCGUCAUAGUGCUCAGAACCCGCCCUCCGUCUCGUUGGCAAGGGUAAGAUGGGAUAAAAUGAAUUAGCGGCUACAUUUGUUUUGUUGCGACGGGGAUCGUCGACCACUAAAUCUACAACGACUCCGGUGCUGCGAAACAUU